AUGACUCCCCAUGUCCCCAGUGAUGUCCCCUGUCUGUCCCUGUCCCAGCUGCACGAGCUGAUCCCCGCUGUCAUGACGUGCAUCGUCAGCCGCCAGCUCUGCCUGCGCCCCGACGUCGACAACCACUGGGCCCUGCGCGACUUCGCCGCGCGCCUGGUGGCGCAGGUGUGCAAGAACUUCAGCACCACCACCAACAACAUCCAGAGCAGGAUCACCAAGACCUUCACCAGGAGCUGGGUCGAUGACAAGACGCCCUGGACGACGCGGUACGGCUCCAUCGCGGGGCUGGCCGAGCUGGGACACGACGUGAUCAAGACCCUGAUCCUGCCGCGGCUCCCGGCCGAGGGCGAGCGCGUGCGGAACAUUCUGGAAGGGCCGGUGGUGAGCACCAUCGACCGCAUCGGGGCCGACCACGUGCAGAGCCUGCUGCUGAAGCACUGUGCCCCCGUGCUGGCCAAGGCCCGCGCGCCCCCCGACAGCCCCGAGGCGUUCCGGGCGGAUUUCGGGUACCUGGGGGCGCUGCUGUGCUCGCACGUGGUGAAGGCGCGGGCGCAGGCGGCGCUGCAGGCGCAGCAGGUCAACAGGACCACGCUGACCAUCACCCAGCCCCGCCCCACGCUGACGCUGUCCCAGGCCCCGCCGGCUCCGGGCGCCCCCCCGCGCCCCCCCAGCAUCAUCAAGGUCCCCAGCGCCAUCGCCCUGCCCGUCCCUGUCCCCGUCCCUGUCCCCUCCCUGCCCUCGGGCCGCCCCGGGACCCCCACGCAGCCGUCACCGCCCCCCAAGUUCAUCGUCAUGUCCUCGGCCAGCAGCGCCGGGCAGCAGGUGAUCACCCUGAGCACCUCCCCCGCCCCCAGCGCCACCUCCCCUGUCACCAGCACGGUCCCCAGUGUCCCCAGCGCCGUGCAGCCGCUGGUCAAGCUGGUGCCAGCGCCCGGGGCCACCAGCGCCGCCCCCGGGGCCACCAGCGUCCCCGCCGGCGUCCCCAGCGCCGUGCAGAAAUACAUCGUGGUGUCCCUGCCCCCCGCCGGGGACAGCAAGGGUGGCACUGCCACCGCCGCCGCCCCUGUCCCCAGCGCCGCCCCCCAGCUGUCCCCGAGCGCCAGCGGCGCCUCGCCCAAGGGGGAGGCGGGGGACAGUCCCCAGGGGGGCGUGGCUGCCACCGGCGCUGCCACCAGUGCCACCAGUGCCACCAGUGCCACCAGUGCCGCCUUCAAAGCCAACGGGGCGCAGGAGGGGGGGCAGUGACAGCGGGGACAGCACAGUGCCACCAGGGUGUCACCAAGGUGUCCUCAAGGUGUCACCAAAGUGUACAUAAAGUGUUCCUGAAGUGUCACCAGAGUGUCCUUGGAGUGUCCCCAAGGUGUCACCACAGUGUCCCCAAGGUGUCCCUGGACGCCUCUGUAGGGACAAGGGGGUCUGGGUGUCCCCAGAGUGUCAUGAGAGUGUCACCGAAGUGUCACCAAG